AAUUCAUCAUUCCUUUGGGAAUUAGAUUCUGAUUUUGGCAUAUUGGUUUUACAUAUACAUAUAUAUAUAUACACACACACACAAACACACAUAAAUUUGCUCUUAGAUUCGAAGUUCAUCUCCUGGAGAUCCAAACCCAGCUAGCCUGGCAGCUCUCUCUCUUUCUCUUUCUGUGCUGAACUUUGGACAGACCCCUCUUCUCCAUAUUUUAUUUGUGCCAAAAAGAACACCAUGAAUGCUUUGGUGGCUACGAACAGAAACUUUAAGCUCGCAGCUCGGCUUUUGGGUUUAGACUCCAAGCUUGAGAAAAGUUUGCUAAUACCCUUCAGGGAGAUUAAGGUGGAGUGUACCAUACCUAAAGAUGAUGGCACUUUAGCAUCUUUUGUUGGUUUCAGGGUUCAACAUGACAAUGCUAGAGGGCCCAUGAAAGGAGGAAUCAGAUAUCACCCAGAGGUUGACCCAGAUGAGGUGAAUGCUUUAGCACAGCUAAUGACAUGGAAGACAGCAGUAGCGAAUAUCCCAUAUGGAGGUGCCAAAGGUGGGAUAGGAUGUAACCCAGGGGAUUUAAGCGUAUCUGAACUGGAAAGGCUUACAAGAGUUUUCACCCAAAAGAUACAUGAUCUUAUUGGGGUACACACUGAUGUUCCAGCCCCAGAUAUGGGAACAGGACCACAGACUAUGGCAUGGAUACUAGAUGAAUACUCCAAAUUUCAUGGUUACUCACCUGCGGUAGUGACUGGCAAACCCACGGAUCUUGGUGGAUCACUUGGAAGAGAUGCAGCUACAGGGAGAGGAGUACUUUUCGCAACAGAGGCUUUACUUAAAGAGCAUGGGAAGAGCAUCUCCGGACAGCGGUUUGUUAUACAGGGUUUUGGUAACGUUGGCUCCUGGGCUGCACAGUUAAUCCAUGAGAAUGGUGGCAAGAUUGUUGCAGUAAGUGACAUCAGUGGAGCUAUAAAGAACAGCAAAGGAAUUGAUAUUCCAAGUUUACUUAUCCAUGCCAAAGAAAACCGCGGUGUCAAGGGAUUCCAUGGAGGGGAUCCAAUAGAUCCCAAGUCAAUAUUGGUUGAGGACUGUGAUAUUCUCAUCCCAGCUGCUCUAGGAGGUGUCAUAAACAGGGAAAAUGCAAACGACAUAAAGGCCAAAUUCAUAAUUGAAGCAGCUAACCAUCCAACUGACCCUGAGGCCGACGAGAUUUUGUCAAAGAAAGGAGUAGUCAUUCUUCCUGAUAUAUAUGCAAACUCAGGAGGUGUUACUGUUAGUUACUUUGAGUGGGUUCAGAAUAUACAAGGUUUCAUGUGGGAUGAGGAGAAGGUGAACAAUGAGUUAAGGACAUACAUGACAAAAGGGUUUAAAGAUGUGAAGGAGAUGUGCAAAACCCAUAAUUGUGAUCUCCGAAUGGGAGCCUUCACUCUCGGUGUUAACCGAGUUGCACGAGCUACUGUUCUUAGGGGCUGGGAAGCCUGAGAUUAAUUAUUUUCUCUUUGAAUAAAGAUGACUCUAAUGGGGUUCCCUUAGUUUGGUCUUCUUUCUCUUGCUCGGGAAGAAAUUCAGCAGUUGUUUCAUUAUUUUUAGUUGUUGCCUUGAAUAUUCCUGUCUGGGUUUUAUGGUUUGACUCAAGAACAGAAGCAAAAUUUACAUCGAAACCUAAAGCAUCCAAGACGACGAAGCCCACCAGACAGAUUUAGAGCACCGUCCUACAUUAAUCCGGUAAUUUCGGAUUAAGUGUGUUUUAGAUAUACAUGCAAGUUGGAAAUAAAAUGUACAACGUAACAAACAGUAAUUCUCUGUUUAUGUUGUACAGCUUAUUAAUUUAUUA